AUGCUAUAUGAGUUGGUUAGUGUAGUUCGGGUAGUGAAUCCGCUGGCGGCCAAUGCUGAAGCCAAAGAGCUUGCCACAACUAUAGGAAAAUUGAUCAUACAAAACAGAGGAGUUGUGAGACGGAUUCUCCCCAUAGGUAAUAAGCUUUUGCCCAAAAUCACUAAAAAAGAUCAGGAGCAGCAUUUCCAAGGAUAUCACUUUCUGAUGCUUUUCGACGCAUCUGCUCCUGUUCAAUCUGAAAUUCUCAGAACCUUGAAAAAGGAUCCGCGUGUAAUCAGGUCGUCAAUAGUCAAGAUGGACACUUCAAAGCAACUCGACGUUGCAUCUUCGAUUGAAAGAGCAGCUGGAUACAGCUCCAUUCUGGAUAAAGUGAGGAAAGAUAAUUUUUGA